AUGCCGGAAAAGCGAACAAAACACACGCCUGCUCCAGUACCUGCAAAGCCCGGAAAAAUGCAGCGGUGGAUGACGUGGGCCACCAUCUUUUGCAUAGUCGCAGGACUCUAUUCCUGGCUUGAUACCAUCAAAGAUAGAUGGUAUAUUUUUGAUCAUAACGCACUGCACGAACUUUCAAAAGAGGCCAUUGCCUUGCAUAAUGAUGAUAUGCCCAAAAUAAUUUCUCACAUUGUUUCGAAUCUUACUCAAACUCAUGGUGCCAAGCACGUCAAUGUACGGGAGCACGAGUGGGUUUUCAACAAUGCUGGGGGUGCAAUGGGCGCUAUGUACAUUAUUCAUGCAUCAAUCACCGAGUACUUGAUCAUCUUUGGCACCCCACUUGGUACUGAAGGUCAUACCGGAAGGCAUACUGCAGAUGAUUAUUUCAAUAUUCUGCAAGGUGAACAAUGGGCUUUUGCUGCUGGCGGCCUAACUAUGGAACGCUAUCCUGCUGGGUCCGUUCACCACCUUCCUCGUGGAAUCGUAAAACAAUACAAAAUGCACGAAGGCUGUUGGGCACUUGAGUACGCUCGAGGUUGGAUCCCAUUGAUGUUACCUUUUGGAUUUGCUGAUACGUUCUCCUCAACCUUCGAUUUCCCAACCCUGUGGGACACUGUCUACGUGACUGGGAGAGAGAUGAUUCGUAACCUUUUGGUCGGAAAAAUAUAG